AUGGAGCUCACGGAGAAGCUGCGCCGACCAGCGAGCGCCGCUGAGCUGGCUGCGCACAGCGACCAUGCUGAUGAGGAUUUCGCCCGCGCCUGGCUGUUCCUGACCAGCACGCCGAAGGAGUGCCAGCGGCGCAUCGCCUUCGCUCGGCAUGCAGCGGCGGCGCACAUCUGGAGCGAGCCCGAUAGCACCCGCGCCGUGGAAGCGGCGAUCACAGUCCCCGAGCAUGCUUCGGCGGCUGAGCUGCGCGCUGAGGCCGAGCAGAUGACUUCGACCCGCGACCGGCUGCAGAGCGAGUCGCAGCGGGCGGACACAGAGAUCCGGCGCCGUGGUGGCCUGAACGUUCAGGUGUGGAGCCCCAGCAGCAAGCCGUCUGCCGACUUGCUGAUGGGCAUCGACGAGAUGGAGCCAUACGUGCUCCAGCGCACGACGUCGGGGACCUCCACACAGGCGCCCGAAGCAGACGACGGCAAGCUGGAGCGCAGCAUCUCGGAGACGUCCGCCACGGUUCGGGACGACGGUUCGCACAGCAG